CUGUAACGCAGGACUGCCUCCAGACAAACAGGUUAUGGCAACAAACAGAGUUAUGUGAAUUAUAUUGGAUUAUUUUGGACCUUGUUUUCCUCCGGGAGGGAGAUGUAAAUUACAAUUUGGAAUUAUGUAACUAACUGACACGUGUUUUGUAAAGACGUGAAUUCAUGUCAAUAUGUCAAGUAAGUCAAAGGGGGCUGGAGUGCGCUCAUGUGGGCCGCUUACAAGGGUCGUGUGGAGGUGGCGCGUCUACUGCUGGAGAAGGGAGCAAAUCCGAACAUCACCAGACAGUACAGUGUUUACCCCAUCAUAUGGGCAGCAGGAAGAGGCCAUGCGGAGAUCGUUCAGCUGCUGCUUCAGCAUGGAGCCAAAGUCAACUGCUCUGACAAGAAAGGUGACACAGCUCUGCAUAUUGCCAUUCGUGGGAGAAGCCUCAAACUCGCUGAGCUGCUCUUGAGGAACCCUAAAGAUGGCCAUCUGCUCUACCGGCCCAGCAAAGAGGGAGAGACACCCUACAACAUUGACUGCACUCACCAGAAGAGCACCCUCACCCAGAUAUUUGGAGCCAAGCACCUGUCUCCCUCUGAGUGUGACAGUGACAUGCUGGGUUAUGACCUGUACUGCAGCGCUCUGGCGGACAUCCUGAGUGAGCCCACUAUGCAGCCGCCCAUCUGUGUGGGGCUUUACGCCCAGUGGGGCAGCGGCAAGUCCUUCCUGCUUAAGAAACUGGAGGAUGAGAUGAAGACGUUAGCUGGGCAGCAGGUGGAGCCAUUGUUCCAGUUCUCGUGGAUGGUGGUGGUUUUGACUCUGCUGCUGUGUGGAUCUGUGGCUCUGGUCCUUGGCUUAGCUGUUGACACAAAGCUGGCCAUCGCUGUGACCCUCAGCCUGCUCACCCUACUGUAGAUCUUCUUUGGUGACAAAUCAAAUUGUUGGUGUACUUUGGUGGGAGAAAAGCAGGGGAGAGUUGGAGUUGGGCCUGGGUCCUCAGCACCAGACUGGCCCGCCACAUCGGUUACUUGGAGCUUCUACUCAAACUCAUGUUCGUCAAUCCCCCCGAGCUUCCAGAGCAGACCACCAAAGCCCUGCCUGUCAGAUAGAGCUCUCAGAAUACUGCAGCCGUGACCAAACACAUCCAACUGCUUUACACUGGUGUUUAUUCUUUUGCAAAGCUGAAAAAUUAAGAUAAAGAUGUAAACUGUAUACAGAUGUAAUUUACAUCGCCUAAUGGCAGGAUAAAUUUAUGUUGUAAAUAUUCUCUUGACGACGUUAGAUUACCUGCACAUUCUGUUGAAACACACACAUGUGUGAUGCUCAUUUUCAGUCAGUCUUUUUUUGUUCUCCAUCUGUCCAGGUUUCUGUUCACAGACUAUAACCGUCUGUCGAGUGUGGGAGGGGAGACGUCCAUGGCUGAAAUGAUAGCCACGCUGUCCGAUGCCUGUGAGAGAGAGUUCGACUUCUUGGCCACCAGACUUUUUAUGGUCUUCAAGAA